GGAGGAGAUGCGUCAAGGAUUCCGCCAUAUUGAAGAGGGAUUUUAUGAUCUGGAUCUCAGUCAUUUAGCUCGAACCACUCUCCCUCUCCAAGAUGGCGGUGCCGUUAACGUGACAAGCCUGCAGCAGCGCAGCCUUUGGACGUAACCACCGCCUCCCCCCUGUGUGUGUGUGUGUGUCGGUUCGGAUGAAAGGUUCGGAUCGUACAGUCGGAACUUCCCAUGCGGUGUGUGCUGUAAACAUAGAAACAGGUAAAAGGUGUGUGCAAGCACCAGAUCUCAGUGAACAGGAUGUGAUGUCACAACAGCAACAGUAACCACCGUCUUGUCCACCCUGAUGUUUCUGCAAGUGGGGAGCCCCUCGCCCCACUCCAAGGACAGGACAUGUUUGAAAUGAAACCCCGGGCGGUGGAGAAGAAGGAGUCGAGCACCGAGACAGAUGAGGGGCUGGGCAGCAGCGGGAGGCACUAUGGCUCCGGCUCUCUGGGCUCUGGAUCCGUCGGCUCCUUGUACCUGUCGGACAGCCAGGACUGGGUGGUUUCCCCGAGCUGCUCUCCGGAUGAAGGCCCGGGCCAGCUCAACUCCAUCUCCCCCAUGCUGGCUGAAGAGACUCUCCGUUACAUGACAUAUCUUGCUUUGGAGCCUUCCUCUUAUUCCCACCCUGGCUCUCAGAGCCUCUCCAAAGUCCUCAGUUCUGAUCGAGUGGAGCAGAUGACCAGGACCUACAAUGACAUCGACGUGGUCACACACCUUCUGGCUGAGCGAGACAGAGACUUGGAGCUGGCGGCUCGGAUCGGCCAGUCGCUUCUACAAAGAAACCACCUGCUGCAGGAACGUAACGAGGCCCUGGAGGAGCAGCUGACCCAGACCGUGGACCAGGUCAACCAGCUACAACAUGAGCUCAGUAAGAAGGACGAGCUGCUGCGGAUGGUGGCCAGCGCCUCGGAGGAGAGUGAAAUGGACUCCAGUACAUCCACCCCCGUGCUGCACCCCCAGCUGGGGGCGACCGCCGCCGCCACAGCAGCUGCCCUCAGCCAGCUGGAGUCUCUGCAGAACAAGCUGCAGGAGCUGGAGGAGGAGAACCAGUCGCUGAGGACUGAGGCAUGUCAGCUGAAGAGGGACACGAUGACGUACGAGGAGAAGGAGCAGCAGCUUGUGAGCGACUGUGUCAGAGAGCUACGUGAGUCCAACAGCCAGAUGGUGUCUCUGACAGAUCAGCUGUCCCAGAAGAACGAGGAGCUGCACAGGCACCAGGAGGAAAUCGCUCAGCUGCUCUCCCAGAUAGUAGAACUGCAACACAGAGUGAAGGAGCUGGCUCUGGAGAAAGAAGAGCUGAGGAUCCACCUUCAGGCCUCCAAAGAUGCUCAGAGGCAGCUCACAGCAGAGCUGAACGAGCUGGCAGAGAGGAACGCCGAGUGUGUUGAAAUGCUCCACGAGUCCCACGAAGAGAUCAGAGACCUUCGCAGUAAAAGCACUUCCUCUGCUGGGAUGCGACGACACUUCCCCUACGGCCUUUACCCCAUGGAGUCAUUGGCGGCUGAGAUCGAGGGCACCAUGAGGAGAGAGCUGAGUGUUGAGGAGGAGACUGCCAUCCAGGACCAAAGAACAGUCCAGAAACGGAUCUUCCAAACAGUUCGCUCAGUCAACGCCUCAGCUUUGCGAGCUUCUUCGGCCACGCCUCCCAUCCCCGGCUCUGGACAGAGCUCUCUGGUGAUGACGGCGCAGCCCUUCUCGUCCUCUCAGGGGGAGGAGGCACGGAUUGGCCAGCCCGGAUCACCAGGAGGCAAUGACCUCACCAAGGCGCUUCAUCGCCUGUCGCUGCGGCGCCAGAACGUCCUGUCGGAGCGCCAGUUCUUCCUGGCCGAGCACGAGAAGAAGCUGCAGGCCCUGGAGAGUGCAGAGGCGGGCGGAGGUGGAGGCAGCGGCUGUAGUUCGCCRAUGGGCAGCACGCUCUCUUCUUUCUCUAACCUGUCAGAUCUGUCGCUUGGCUCCACUGUUUUCAAGACUUUCUUGCCUGAGAAGCUUCAAAUCGUCAAACCCAUGGAAGGGUCACUGACGCUCCACCACUGGCAGCAGCUCGCCAAACCCCACCUAGCCACCAUCCUGGACCCGCACCCUGGGGUCGUGACCAAGGGUUUCCGCCCUCUUGCUCAGGACGCCGUCUACCACCUGUCYGACAUGGAGGAGGACGAGGAAGGCGAGGAGCGUAACGAGGUCGCCGUCCUGGAGAAAGGAGCGGCUGAGCGGUGUAAGGAAGAGUGCGACGAUGAAGAGGAGGAGGGCGGGAUCACCUUCAACGUGUGCUGCUCGUCUACGCCGGAGGACAGGUGGGAGGGACGUCGCUCUGCGGCACCUYUCUCCCCAACUCUUCCUACUUCAUCGGGUACACCUGCCUCCUCCUCUUCCAACCGAUCGGAUCUGUGUUUGACACCUGGACUUGUCGCAGAGAAGUCCGGUCCGUCUCCUCACAUCAUUUCAGGAGAAUCUGCUCAAACACAAAGUCUAAUUCCAACAUCUGCAGCAUCUUCCUGUGUCCAGAACCCGGGGAAGUCUCAGAGCUCCACCUUCUCCACCUACACCUUCACAACCUGUCGCAUUCUGCACCCCACUGACGUCACACAGGUCACCCCCAGUUUCCUGUCAUCCUGUUUGUCCAACACGCCCAGCUCCAUGAGAACUGGUCCCAGUACUCCUGUGACCCCCUGCAGACUGAGUCUAGGUGACUCCUUCCCUCCUCGACGACCCCUCGCACCUUCCAGCGGUCUGGCCAAGCUGGUUCUAGAGAGGGGUAUUUCUGCACAAGUCUCAGCCCACGCCCAGUCGUCUUUGGCAAGAGCCGCCCCGCGGCUCCGCCUCCUGCCGGGCACGCCUCCCAACUCCCCCUCCCACUCCCCCGUUCCCUCCCCGGUGCCGGUGGAGUCCCGCCAACAACCAGCUGACAAUUUCCUCGCCUCGAGGCCCGCGGAGCUUUUUCUCCAAGACGUUUACGGCUUGAACUUAGGUCGGGCCCCGCACCCCGACCUGCCGAGCCCCUCCCAGGAAACAGCAGCCUUUGCCCCGCCUCCUAAGCCCGGUCCAUCCAAUCCAGACACGGCCAACGUGGGUCUGGUGGAGAGGCUGCGACGCUUGGGCUUUGCUAAGGUGCUUCACAGUUCGGAGUCCGCUGCCGCACCGCCACGUCAGGAUUCUGCCACUCUAGUGUCCGCAGGCGGCGGGAGCCUGAUGGACGGUCUGAGACGCAACCAGAGUCUCCCGGCUAUGAUCGGCGCCCGAGCAGGCAGCAAGUCGGCGGGGCACCCUCCUCACCCCACCUCCCUGGCCAUACCGCCGCCACCGUGGGGAAACCUGAAAGAACGACGCCGGCGUCUCGCUUCCGCCUCCAACCCUCCAAGAAGUUCAUCGAAACGCUGAGGAGAUGUGGAGUGGAUCGGCCAGAACCCUAACCUCCUCCACCGCAGCGCCGUCCUUUUUUAAUUUAAAGCACAACGGAACAGUUUAGAAGAAUACGUGUUCGCCAUGACGCUCGGCCUUAGUAAGACUCUGGAUGUUCGGGUCCAACUUUAAGGGGAAAAAGUGUAACGUGUAAGUGUCAGAAGGUCUGUGGAUGUCUACGAGAAAGAAGUGAGGAGCAGAAAGGAAAGUAUGUUUGAUCUUGUAAGAAGACUGUGACGGAGUGAAACAGGAGCAUCCAGAGUCUGGACAUUCCAAGGGCUUGUUAUGUAACGUUCUGGAAAAUCUUUAGUCUGUAAUUGUACAGGUAUCAUGCCAGCCAAUAACAACAGUUUAAAGAAAUCUGCUUCAACAAACUUAAACAGCAUACUGCCACUCAAAUCUCAUAUUUAGACCGCGCCUUUGAACGUGUUGGUAUUUCUGUUUUUUUCUUCAACAUAAGUGGCUUUACAGUGGUCCAUUGCUGCACAGUGUCUGGUUGUGCCGUGGCCACAUGUCUGCAUGAAGAGCAACCUCGCCUACAGGUUCCAGCAUGCAUCUGUUGGCCGACAGGUGGGGAGCCAGGUCAAAGCUGAGGUCAGUACCAAAUCAAACGCCCCAACGUUAAAGAAAAGGGAUGGUUUCAGCUUCAGGUUCUUGUUUUGUCUACUUUUGAGGGUAUGAGGCCUUAAGUACUGUUUGCAUUUGAGUUUUUGCUAAGCUAUUUAUUUAUUUUUUGUUUUGUUUUGUUUAAAUAUAUAUAUUUGUUGCACUCGAUGGAAUCAUUUUUUUAAUAAUGGUCUCGCUUUUCAGCCAUGGUGCAUGUCUGAGAGCUCAAGUUCAGUUUAAAAAGGGAAAAAUCAAAAUUUUAAGUUUCCAAAGUUGUAAAACUCAUCUGAUAAAUACCAGGGAUGUGUACAGUUCAAUCAUCGGCCACCAGGUGUAGGUGUUCUAACAUAGAAACAGGAAAAAGGCAUAUUUUACUUGAUGUGUGACCAUUUCUACUUCUAAACCCUCAUUAACUGCACAAUAACUUUAUUUUUACUUACUACUGUUUAAAACAUUAUUAAGAACAUUUUUGACUUUUUUUGUUUGUUGUAGAAACAUAAGCUAACAUUUGAUGUAUGUAACACUUUUUUUUGUUUUUCACACAAUGGAAAUCCAUAAUGAAGUAAAAUGUUUUUAUUUUUGACAAAUAUUCUAGCACGUUUGAAGAUUGAGGUAACAUUCAGGAUUUAAAAAGAGAAAAAUGCGGAGAGGAGAAAGGUAACUUUUAGAAAUUUAGUUUUGUGUUUUUCUGCCCUAAAUCUGAAAAUGUCCAAACCUCUCCCAGCCAUGAUCCUCUUGUGGCCAAAUGUCAGAUGCCUCCCUCUCUUCUUUUUAAAUAAAACAAUAAAAAUAAAACAAAUGUC